CUCAUCCAGCUUUGGUGCUCUUAUGCUGUGCUCAUCGCCAUCAUUGUCACGAUGAAGUAUGGUCGCGCGAGUGCUGCUCUGGCCUCUUGACAAAUAUGUGGCCCACAUUGUCUUCUGGUGGUAUGUCGUGUGUCAUACAGCUCUUGUGGCUUUUGCGCAGCUCAUCAUGUAUCCGAUUGCCUAUCUUCCUGGCUCGUAGCGGUCGGAGGCUCCGCGGGAAUGCCAGGGGAGGCCACAAGAUAAUUGCAUCUGCAGAGGAGUGUGCAUACGUUGUCGGCUCCGUGGCGCGAGAAAGGCAACGAGCGCUACUCAUGCUAAGUGCUCUCCCAUGCCACAGAUCGCACAACUCUGUCCCUGUGAUGAGUUCAGCGUACAGCAGAGGAGAGUGGCAAGAUAUCAAACGGGGGAUUGGUGGUAGCGACCAAAUCCUUUUCAUAGCGUCUGGCAAUCAUCGCGUUGAAGGACCGCGCCGCAUCGCGCUUGGCCUCGAUAUUGGGGGUCGCUCGGCAGAGUGUGACGCUCGUAGCGGCCAAUGGAGGCCGGCCCGGUUUCAGGGUCCUGUUUCUUGGCCUCCUUUUUUUCGUCUUUCGCUCCUCGGCCGUUGUGAACCCACAAGAAAGAUUGCGGAAUUUGCUGUGGUCGUCGUAGCGGUCUGACCCAGCACGAUCUUUACAGUCCCGACACCAUGCGCGCCUCUCGUCGGCAGUGAAUCGGGGAAAGCCAAAACGGAAAUGCCUCCCGCCUCCUUUCGGGUCGAAAUUCGGGAAGUCGGAUCACAGCGAAAUCGAUGGUGACGAUAUCGAACUGGUGUUCACGAUUUGUCUACACAGACACUGUCCAAUCCCGUUGCUGCGACAAUCCUGUCAUCGCCCACGUGCUCCAUGCAGGCACAAGGUCAUAAUCGGCCAAUGCACCUGCUGUUUGUGCUGUGCGUAAGCUGCAAUACCCCACCCAUACGGAGUUCAGUGUUUAGAGGCACAUUAUGAAUCAUCGGACUCUCUGCAUACGAGGGUUCAUUGUCACUGCCCUUGGUUCCCAACCUAUCGUGGUUCCGUGUUUGGAUUUCGUGCGCUCUUGGCGUCUCUUGCCCUGAUCUGCUGCAACUUCACGCCAACGCAUCGCUACACUUCGUAACAAGCUGGAGGAGACUGACAAGAGAAUUCUCCAUCUCCUAAUAUGAGUUUCGUCGUGGCCGGAUGCUCGGUGACAAUUUUACACCAUUUCGAUGCUGUCGCACUCACAAAGCGUGCGAAUUCACUCUGUGGUUGUGUGAAAGCUUAAAUGUUCGCUGCACUCAUACUCUUUGCUUCGGAGUUCAUCAUGGAACAAUGAAGCGGCAUUACAGACAUGAAAUCAACAUGAGGGUGUAGCGAUGAAUCGUGGCUAUCUCCUCGUACCACUAUCAUGAGGGUCGGACAUCUAGUAUGGACGAUGCGCUGCGAGCCGGAUUCUCGACUCUACUGAGUGGUAGGCUGGUAGCUUUCACAGGAAAACACGGUAUACUCUUGAUCAAA